AUGCCUGGUCAGCGACCGGCAGCGCCACAUCGCUCUCUGAUGUUGCUGAUGCUGCUCAUGUUCUCCUGGCUGCGGUCGGGAGGUGCCCUGUCUCUGACCCAGGAGCACCUCCAGAUUUUCCAGGAACCCUCAAACGUGCACUCCAGCCUGGACAUCUCCAGAUUCCGGGAGUUGCGGAAACGCUACGAAGAUCUGCUGACACGGCUUCGAGCGAACCAGACCUGGGAAGACUCGAACCCGGAGCUCAUGCCCCCUCCUCAAGUCCGUGUAGUCACUCCAAAACUGCGACUUGGGCCAGGCGGCCACCUGCACCUGCGCAUCCCCCGGGUCAACUUAACUGAGGGACUCCCUUCAGCCUCCCGCCUGCAUCGGGCCCUUCUCCGGCUGUCCCCGAAGGCGUGGAGCUCGUGGGACGUGACGCGGCCACUACGGCGACAGCUCACACUCGGAGGCUCCCGGGGUCCCUCAAUACGCCUGCGACUGUUAGCAAGACCGGACCAGUUGCAGGAGGCGUUGCCUUCUUCACCACCCCAGCUUGAGCUGCACUGGCGGCCAAGCGCCACCAGGGGGCGACGUCACGCGCAUGCUCACACUCGGGACGGCUGCCCGCUCGGGAAGGGGCGCUGCUGUCAUUUGCAGAGCCUGCGCGCGUCGCUUGAGGACCUGGGCUGGGCCGACUGGGUGCUGGCGCCGCGGGAGCUGGAUGUGCGCAUGUGCAUCGGCGCGUGCCCGAGCCACUUCCGGUCCGCUAACACGCACGCGCAGAUGCAGGCGCGCUUGCAUGGCCUGAACCCUGAUGCUGCUCCGGCGCCGUGCUGCGUGCCUGCCAGCUACGAGCCGGUGGUGCUCAUGCACCAAGACAGCGACGGCCGCGUGUCACUCACGCCCUUUGACGACCUCGUGGCCAAGGACUGUCACUGCGUGUGA